GUUUAUUGAAGGAAACAAAAUAGAGACCAUUUCCAGACAUGCUUUCCGUGGCCUUCGAGAUCUCACUCACCUUUCUCUGGCCAAUAACCACAUUAAGACUCUGCCAAGAGACAUCUUCAGUGAUUUAGAUUCCCUCAUCGAGCUGGAUUUACGAGGCAAUAUGUUUGAGUGUGACUGCAAAGCCAAAUGGCUGUUUUCUUGGCUGAAGAUGACGAACUCCACCGUGUCUGAUGUGGUUUGUGUUGGUCCUCCUGAAUACCAAGGAAAGAAGCUGAAUGAUGUGACCAGUUUCGAUUCAGAAUGCAUAACUACGGAUUUUGUUGUCCAUCAGAUAUUGACCUAUCAGUCUGUGUCAGUGGACACAUUUCAGUACAAAAAUGAUGUAUUUGUGGCAAUAGCACAACCAAGCAUGGAGAACUGCAUGAUUCUUGAGUGGGACCACAUUGAAAUGAACUUUAGAAGCUACGAUAAUAUAACAGGCCAGUCCAUUGUUGGAUGCAAAGCCAUACUUAUUGACGACCAGGUGUUCAUGGUGGUAGCUCAGCUGUUUGGUGGCUCUCUCACAUAUACAAGUAUGAUGAAAGCUGGGCCAAGUUCACCAAGUUUCAAGACAUUGAAGUCUCCCGUAUUUCCAAACCCAAUGAUAUUGAACUUUUUCAAAUUGAAGGUGAAACAUUUUUUGUUAUUGCUGACAGCUCAAAGGCUGGUCUGACUACAGUGUAUAAGUGGAAUGGGAAAGGGUUUUAUUCCUAUCAGUCUCUCCAUGAAUGGUUUCGAGACACAGAUGCAGAAUUAGUUGAAAUUGAUGAUAAGCCUCAUCUUGUGUUAUCCAGUCGUUCUCAAAUACCUCUUAUUUUGCAAUGGAACAAAAGUACAAAGAAAUUCACCCCUCAUAGUGACAUUCCAAACAUGGAAGAUGUUCUAGCAGUUAAGAGCUUCAAGAUGAAAGAUGAACUUUAUAUUGCAUUGACCAGAUUUAUUGGGGACUCCAAAAUCAUGAAAUGGAAUGGAAAGCAAUUUUUGGAGAUUCAGGCUCUACCAUCCCGUGGAGCAAUGGCAUUACAACCCUUUAACUUUAAAGAUAGGCAUUAUUUAGCAUUGGGCAGUGAUUAUACUUUUUCACAGAUUUACCAGUGGGAUCCUGAGAAGAAGACUUUUGAGAAGUUCAAAGAGAUCUAUAUCCAAGCACCUCGUUCUUUCACAGCAGUAUCAACUGAUCGACGGGAUUUUGUCUUUGCUUCUAGCUUUAAAGGGAACACUCAGAUUUUUGAACAUGUCAUUGUUGACCUGAGUUUGUAA